AUGAUCCACCUUCGUAACAUAUUCCUCUCUCCGCCUCUCACCUAUCGUAUUUUUCCAUUUUCCUUCCCUCUCCCUGCUCUCAUCUCUCAUCUUCCUCGCUUCAUCGCGUUUGAUACGACACAAUCCAUCCAUAUUCCUACCGCUCCCACCACCCGCCUUCUUGGGACACCCGCUUUCCUCGGAUACCGCACUUCCAACUCACGCUUUCCUGGGAUACCCAUUCUUCUCGACCAUCACUACUUCUACUCGUUCUACCGCUUCUACGAUACCAGACUUAUUACUACUCCUACUUCUUCCAUCGCUUCUCGCAUUACCGCUCCUGGAAUACCUGCUUCUCUGGCACCUACUUCCCAUUUCGGCUUUCCUAGGAUACCCGCCUUCCUGACACCUCACCAUCCUGGCACCUCACCUUCGUGGGAUACCCACCUUCUCGAAAUACUUUCCAUGACAUCGCGAUUCCCUGACACUUCACUUCCUAAUACCUCACCUUCCUCGGAUCUCAUUUUGGAUCGCACCUGGGAUCUUACCUCUUGGAAAUCUCCAUUCCUCACCCCGUUUUCAUGGCAGACCAGCUUUGCUCGAUACCUGCUUUUCUCGCAUACCUACUUUCUUAGGAAACCUACUAUCCAGACAUCCACUAUCUGA